GGCAACAGGUGCGCAGGCGCAGUUGACUUACCACAGGCUCGUGGCACAAGGCAAUGCAGUUUGACCCUACAGAGCACCAGCACAUCCGGUAUAACCCCCUGAAGGAUGACUGGGUUCUGGUGUCUCCACACCGUAUGAGGCGGCCAUGGAAGGGGCAGGUAGAAAAACCUGUGGAAGAGGACAUUCCACGCCACGACCCCAGCAACCCACUGUGCCCAGGAAAUACUAGACCUAAUGGACAGGUUAAUCCCAACUACGAUAGUACCUAUGUGUUUGACAAUGAUUUCCCGGCACUGCUGCAGGAGGGCCCAUCUCCAGAAGCCAGUGAAGACCCCCUGUUUCAGUCUGCUGCAGCCCAUGGUGCAUGUAAAGUGAUGUGUUUUCACCCGUGGUCUGACAUCACCUUGCCUCUCAUGUCCAUCCCAGAUAUCAUGGCAGUCAUUGAGAAGUGGGUAGAAAUCAUGCAAGAUCUGGGGACCAAGUUUGUCUGGGUGCAGAUCUUUGAGAAUAAAGGUGCUAUCAUGGGCUGCUCUAACCCUCAUCCUCAUUGCCAGGUUUGGGCCAGCUCCUUCCUGCCCAAUGAGCCGUCUGUCAAAAACAGAACACAGAAACAGUAUUAUGAGAAACAUAAAGUGCCAAUGUUACUUGAAUACAUGGAAAAGGAAAUCCAGAAAAAAGAACGAAUUGUUGUAGAGAAUGGUCAUUGGUUGUGUGUUGUGCCAUAUUGGGCAGUGUGGCCAUAUGAAACCAUGCUGCUGCCAAAGAGACACAUCCUCAGGUUACAGGACUUAAAGGAGGAGGAGAAACUGGCUCUAGCAGACAUAAUGAAACAGCUGCUGACCAAGUAUGAUAAUCUCUUUGAAGUUAGUUUUACACAAGAUUAUUGUAUGUCUUGGUGGUCCCAUGUCCAUAUCUCUCCCACAGGUGCCCCCACAGGUCCAGAGAGCUCCAGUGAAGACUACAGCCACUGGCAGCUACAUGCCAUCUACUACCCUCCUCUGCUCAGGUCAGCCACAGUGAAGAAGUUUAUGGUGGGCUAUGAAAUGUUGGGCUCUCCACAGAGAGAUCUAACAGCAGAGCAGGCUGCAGAAAAGCUUAGACUGCUACCAGACAUCCAUUACAAGAAAUCCUAAUGAUGGGCAGCAAAAAUUUUGGCUGUGGCUACUUUUAACUUUAUGAUGCAAUCUCGUGUUGCUUAAUAUACUUACUUUUUAUCCAGUUUAGGGAAAUUAAUUUUAUUCUAUACAAGGUGUGGAAGGGUGCUUUUAUGACCUUAGGUGAUAUAUUACCUACUUACAUGUGAAGGAUAAGGGAAAAUAAUUUGAUUUCAUUAUCUUAUAUUUAGGUAGCUACUUAUUAAUAUCACAAUUUGUUUAACACUGAGGGUCUAACCAAAAGAUCAUGUAACAUAUAUUUGACAGGCAAAUAUGAAUUAAUAACUUGGGUUUUGAAUAAUCUGUUUAUAGUGGUUAACAUGGGCUUUAGAUCUACACUUUAUCUAACCAGGCAUUUACUGUGUGGUUAUAUGACCAACCUCAUUUAUACAUUACAGAAAAAUGUUUGAAUCAUUAUGAUUGGGCAAUAUUGAAUGAAGAAUAAACAUUAACAUAUAAUCUUUCUAUUCUUUUCCUCAUGAAUGUGAAUCUGCAUGUGAUGAGUUUACACAUUUUCAAAUUUUUGACUCUAAAUGUUUUUCAGUUUUCUU